AUGUCCAUGCGAAACCUCUUCUCCGGGUCGACUUCCUCCUCUGCGACCGCCAAAACACCCCCUCCUCCGCCUCCUCCUAUUCCCACUUCCUCUGCCAGUACCACCACCAUUACUGCACCUGCAAUAACUCCGACUGCCAACACUUUCACUUCACCGGGUUCCUCACCGUCAACACCCGCCGUUCUUGAUAAGACGCUUGUCCGUCCCUCCUUUCUCCGACGUCUAUCCCCGGGAUUAGCUGCGCGUGUGAAGCAGUUGGACGGGAGUAACAAGUCGGCAGGCUCGUCUCGCAACAACCCUAGCAACAUCGGUCGGAUUCCUCAACAGCACAUUAAGGAGCUAGACAGUCUACACCAGAACUUGUCGGUUAAGAUCGAGAGAAGAGGUCGAGCGUGGCCUGGUGCGCCUUCUAACCAGAAUAUUCAGAAUAAUCAUAAUCAUAAUAAGGGGAAGAAAAACCCCGAACCAUUAGAAGAAACAUCCCCGCCAGCCGUUGACGAGGCUGAACACGGUCCGCCUGCGGCCAUGGCUGUGGCUGAGCCUCUACCGGAACCUGUGGCCCCAGAACCAGAACCAAAUGGCUCUAACAAGGAGGAACAGACUGAUUUCGAAAAGUACAUCCAGAGCACUAGCGAAAAUGAGACGAAACCUGCCCCUCGGGCUCCUUACAAACACUCCUCCGCCCCAUCGUCGAGCGCUUCGUCGAACACGCAGCCAUACUUCAACCCCCAUGGCCUCCAUCGCACGGAAUCGAUAUACUCGUUUUCGAGAGCCUCCUUUAGCAACCAACUUUCCCAACUUACUUCAAUCAGUUUACCGCAACCAUCGACCCUCGAGACUACUAUCAUGCAAAUACCCAAUGCCCCCAAGGCCGUCCGGGCUUUGACGGGAGCAUCGGAGCAGAUUCAGAUUUGGAUCAAAAAGGCGUCCGACGUCCUGAGUGGUAUGGAUGCUGAGGAUGACGUGGAAUGGGCGGCUGCUGGCGGCCGAGAGGGACUGGAUGGCGUUGAUAACGCCAUUAAGCGGUUUGAAGGCUUGGUUAAAAUUUAUGUCAAGGCUAUUGAAGAGGUGCAGUUACGGGAAGAUAUCAGCGACGUUGACCCACAGGGCCUGAAGACCAUCGUCACGCAAAUGGACACCAUCUUGCAGAGCUGGGCACAGAUCAAGACACGACUAAAGGGCGUCAAGGAACAGGUCGAGCUGGCGAUGGAAUGGGAGGAGCUGUGGAGCACCGUGCUGGGCGAUGUGAGCAUGGAAGCUGAGAACCUGAGCCGACUGAUUUUCGAAAUGGAGGAAAAGCGGCAUUGGACCAUGUCGGGGGCUGAUCAGGAGUCUCACGGUGGGUUGGACAUCAACGAACUAGAAACCAUCGUGGAGGAAACACCGUCCGGCGGUAACAUGGCAACCAACAAACGAUUCAGCACAGGUCCGAUCUAUGCGGGCCCUCCGACCUUGGAUACGCCUCUUAUCCAGACGCCCCAGGAUGACACCAACCAUUCCAACCUGAUGGCUCUUUUUGCACGAAUGCAACCACUGCGCGCGUCUCUGGACUUCCUACCCAUGCGGAUGUCCAUGUUUCAGUCACGGGCAGAAAGGAUCUUCCCUAGUGCUUGCGAGGAGUUGGAGGAACGGCGCAAGCAGUUGGAGAACAGCUAUAAGGUGCUAGAGGCAGACGCGGAAGCCGUGCGGAAAGAGCUCAGCGAAGAUCGAUGGAUCCUGGUGUUCCGCAAUGCUGGUGGCCAGGCGCAGAAGAUGUUCGAGUCUGUUGAACGAAGUAUCGCUAAACUCCAGGAAAGCUUGGAGGCAGGCGCGCAAACGAACAACCCGACUGGGUUGACGAAACGCAUCGAGAACUAUGAGGCUAAAAAACUGCACUACGUGUCGGCCAUUGAGCGUGUCACUACUAUCGUGCAGAAGGGCGUUAGUGAUCGACUUACAGUGAACGGGGAGACAUUGAGGCUGUUGUCUGAUAUGAAAGCGAGAACCGAUGCGCUGAAAGCAAGCAUCAAGGUUAUGGACGCAACAUUGGAAGACAUCAAUUUCGUCAGGACGCAGCAAUUGCGUGACUCCAUCUCGAGUAUCGUCACCAUGGAUAGCCCGGCUACCAACAGUAUUCCUGAUACCACGCCGGGUAGCUCUCCUGCAUCGUCUGUUAUUCUUUCCGGAAGUGCAACUACGCCUAUGGGCUCCUCCAGCCGACGUGGUAGCUCAGUAGGCAGUGUGGCCCGGACAACCAUGUCCAAGGUUCGACGAAUGUCCGGACUGCCCCAGCCCGCGCCCACUACGACGGGCAAGAAAACGGCUAUUCCCAAGCCUUCGCUUGCGGCGCCCCAGCCUAAUUUCGCUGCUACUCCUACUCCUGCGUCGCGCAGGCAAUCGCUCCGUCCGACGCCAUCACCGUUGAACAACCGUCCGCGUUGGACCAGCAGCACCAACACCAAGGAUUUGGACGUCGGCCAUACCUACAAGCCCUUAUCUAGCAUCAACCCUGCGAACCGCAAAUCCUCCGCUCCUCCGGGUCGCACCUCGCGACCCUCGUCAACUAUCCCAUUCAGUCCUUCUCGUCGGGACUUCUCCGCGUCUCCUGUACCGCCUCGCUCUGUGAGCCGCUUCUCUUCCAGAUUCUCUCGCAGUCCCGGACGCUCUGAAUCCCCCACCCCACGCUCCAUCCUCGACCCACCGCCAUACAGCAAACUCCGGAAAUCCUCUGCUCAAUCGGAGGCCGAAUAUUCCGAUGUGUCCACCACCACCACCACCACCACUCCCCUCAAAUCCAUCCACAAAAGUCUCCCCUUACGUUCGAAACCUUUGCUCCGCACCACCCUCCUACCUCUCCCAACCCCCCAAACCAGCCGACCACUCUGUCCCCGCGCCUACAGGCAGAUACUUCUUCUACGGCACGUUAUCUGA